AUGGCGAAGCGGGCGAGAAUCGCAUCCGGACACAGGCCUGUACCUGAUCACUCUCCUGAGAAGACGGAAUCAGCUGCGACGCCGCUUGAGGCACCAAAACCAGACACUGCUCUACCAUCAACUUUCAAAAUUGUGGUAGGCACAUAUGAGAAGCUCUUAUAUGGCCUCGAGGGCCGUAUAGAGGAUGCGCCCAAAUCUGGAGACCUGUCUGGACGGGAGCUAGCUAUAAAUCUGAAGCCGGUUUUUAUUUUCCCGGCUCACGUAGCCUGUGUACGGGCAGUUGCUGCCUCUCCACAGGGUGGCAAGUGGCUUGCAACUGGUAGCACGGACGAAAUUGUCAAGGUCUGGGACCUUAGGCGCCGGAAAGAAGUGGGAGGAUUGAUUCAACAUCAAGGUUCUAUUACUCGACUCUCAUUCCCGUCCCGUUCGCACCUAUUAUCUGCUUCUGAAGAUGGCACCCUCUCUCUGUUCAGCACACGAGACUGGGCACUCUUACGAACUCUCAAAGGUCACAAGGGCAAAGUUAAUGACGUAUCAAUGCAUCCGUCGGGAAAACUAGCUCUCAGUGUGGGCAAAGAUCGAACACUUCGUAUGUGGGAUAUGAUGCGUGGCAAAGGCUCUGCGAGCACAAAACUUGGUAAAGAGGGAGAACUUGUUCGUUGGUCGGUUAGCGGAAAGAUUUUUGUCGUGCAAACUGGGUCUAGUCUGGAAAUUUAUCAAACCGACAUGACAUUAUUACACACUACAAUGCAUCCAUCGCGCAUUCAUGAUAUCAAAUUCUGGACACCAGACGACGAGCCUCUACGAGAAUUCUUACUUGUCGCUGCAGAAGAUAAAUUUGUUACAGUAUAUCAAAUCGGCCACGAGGAACAAAGCAUAAAAAUAAUUGCGAAAUUUGGGGGACAUUCUAGCCGCGUAAAAGCAUUGGAUAUACUACCCCUCGUUAACUCAGGAUCUAAGCACCAGAAGGUCACACUAAUGUCUACAGCUUCGUCCGACGGAAAAAUACUUGUCUAUAAUUUAUCCCAAGUGCCUACCUGUUCAAAAGAAACGGAUACGGUACCUGAGCUCAAGCCAAUGGCCUCUUAUGAUACAAAGGGAAGCCGCUUGGUUUGUUUAACUAUGGCUGAUGGCGACCCGCCGAAUAACCCCGGUGUAUCUUUGGGGAAGCGGGCUGCGGAAUAA